CUAAUUAGAUACAUAGCUUACUUCUUCAUAGCUUUGUCUGACCACCUUCCCCCUUAGACCUUCAACAUAUACUAUAUACUUAUUGGAACAAAACCAAAGAGAGUUUUUUUGUAUAUUCAGUCAAGCCUCUGAAAUUAAUUUUUAGUACGAUUCUUGCAUUAUUAGGAAUCAAUGGAUGCAAAAAGCCUGAAACCGGCAAUCGGAAUAGAUUUGGGCACGACUUAUACAUGUGUGGCUCACUGGAAAAACAAUCGAGUUGAGAUUAUAGUCAACGACCAAGGCAACCGAACUACGCCUUCUUAUGUUGCUUUUACUGAUAAUGAACGCCUUAUUGGUGAUGCCGCUUACAACCAGGCUGCCCUCAAUCCCAUCAACACCGUCUUCGAUGCAAAGAGACUGAUCGGUAGGAAAUUCCGGGAUGAGUCAGUACAAAGUGACAUAAAACUUUGGCCAUUCAAAGUCACAUCUAACUCAGAUGAUCGGCCGGUUAUUGUUGUCGCAAGCAAAGGUGAGAAGAAACAAUUUGCACCAGAAGAGAUUUCUGCGAUGGUUCUUCUAAAGAUGAAACAGAUUGCUGAAACGUACAUCGGGUCAACCGUGGAGGAUGCUGUCGUCACGGUCCCGGCCUACUUCAACGGUGCUCAACGUCAAGCUACCCGCGAUGCCGGGGCCAUUGCCGGCCUGAAUAUUCUUCGUAUCAUUAGUGAACCAACAGCUGCGGCCAUUGCUUAUGGUCUCAGCAAUGACUCUGGCACCCCGGGGAUGAGAAAUGUGCUUGUUUUCGAUCUUGGUGGUGGCACUUUUGAUGUCUCCAUUGUCAAAAUCAAAGCGGGCAAUUUCGAAGUUAAGGCCACUGCGGGUGAUACUCACCUUGGUGGUGAGGAUUUUGAUAACCGAAUGGUGAAAUAUUAUGUUGAUGAGUUUAAAAAGAAGCACAAUAAGGAUAUCAGUUCAAAUCCUAAAGCAAUCAGAAGAUUGAGAACAGCUUGCGAGAAGGCCAAGAGAAUCCUUUCAUCUUCAGGGGAGACAAGGAUUGAUGUCGAUGCCUUAUUCAAAGGAAUUGACUUUUCGGCUAAAGUUACUAGGCCAAAAUUUGAGGAGCUAAACGGAGAUUUGUUUAAGAAAUGCAUGGAGACUGUGGAAAAGUGUUUGGUCGAUGCUCAAAUGAAUAAGAACGCGGUGGAUGAUAUUGUUAUGGUCGGUGGUUCAAGCAGGAUUCCUAAAGUCCAACAAAUGUUGCGAGAAUUAUUCAAUGGGAAAGAGCUCUGCAAGAACAUUAACCCGGAUGAAGCGGUUGCUUAUGGUGCCGCGAUUCAGGCCUCGAUCUUAAGCGGCCAAACAAGCAAUGACAUGCUUAAAGUUCCUCAUCGGGAUCUUGCCCUGGUGGAAGUAACUCCGUUAUCUCUUGGUGUCGUUAGCAGGGGACACGACAUGUCGAUUAUCAUCCCGCGGAACACCCCUAUCCCUACAAAGAUGAACAAAAGCUACACAACUGUUUAUGAUGAUCAGCCUGCGGUUGAAAUUCAAGUGUUGGAAGGCGAGCGAGCGAAUCCGAAGGACAAUAAUUUGUUAGGGACAUUUAAGCUUGACCUAACUCCAGCGCCUAGGGGAGUUCCUAAGCUUGACAUUUGCUUUAGUAUGGAUGCCAAUGGCAUUUUGAAUGUCACUGCCCAAGAUGAAACUUCAGGCAAGGAGAAGAGCAUACGCGUAACGAGCGGGAGAUUAUCGAGCCAGGAUAUUGAGAGGAUGAUCAAAGAAGCUCAAAAGUUCAAGGUUGAGGAUGAAGAAUACAGAAAGAAGACUGCGGCCAAGGUUGACCUUGAGAAUUAUAUGCUCAACUUGAAAGAUGCCGUAAAGUUUAGUCAUUCAAGUUUGGCUUACAAAAGGAAAAUUGAAGAAGUCCAGCAAUGGUUGAAUGUUAAUCAGCUCGCCCAGGUUCAUGAAUUCGAAAAGAAGAAAGAUGAGCUAGCUCGGUUCUGUAGCCAAGUGCUGUAACCAUGAAAAUUGUUGUGCGAAAAAGGAAGCACAAUUGGCAUUUGGUUACAUAAGAUUUUGUUUUUUGUGACAUUUUUUUGCUUAAUUGUCGUUCCCCUUGAGCCGUGGUCAUUUCUAGUUGAGUUAAUUUAUGAUUCAACUUCACGGAGCUGCAAAAGGAAGAACCAACUAGAUGUGUAUUGCUUAAUUGUCGUUCCCCUAACCCUUAUGGAUAACAUUAAAUUGGUGUGCUUGAGAUUUGACUUGAAAAAUUCUUCCUCAUGGAUGUGUAUAAAAAAGAACCAAACGCAUUAAAAUAACUGCAUUAUUGGGCAUUAUUUACACAAUGAAAAGGAAAAGAAGAAGCAAACCUUUAUCAACAGAAUACACUUAAUACAGUUGCUAUGAUGCUGAUUACACACUUCUACACCGAGUUGGCUACCAUUCCUCGCAUCUGCUGCUGAGCUCUGUAAGUCCGAUGCCUCCUUGGCUUCGCAAACAUUUCACCACCACACCUCCUUAUCAAUCGAAGCGUGUUUCCAAUGAGCAAAAGCAACAUCACGCCACACCAAAUCAUAACAGAAGUUCUAAUAACUUGGCUCAAUUGCUUCUUAUCACUCUGUGGAGUAACCAUAACAAUUGAUAUACCGUAAGUUAAAGCUAUGGCGGUAAUCGACAACCACAUGAUCACCAUCAGAGCCCACAUGAAGAAUCUGUUCCUCAAUGGCAAACCACUGAUGAGGAACAGAAUUGUGCUGAGGGAUAAAACAAAGGCCACCGUAUUACUCCUGACCGAAUUCUUGUAAUAUGUUGGGUGCUUGUGUGCCAUCACUGCUACCCCUGCAACAUGCGGAUCCGAUCCAUUUUGAUCAUCAUCUUGCCAAACUCCACCUGCCGGGUUUACGGCUGCUUGGAACGCCAUUGUCGCUAUGAGUGAGGCAACUACCAUAAUUGCAUCCUUUUUCUUAGAUAGCCAAUCGUUGCUCCCCUGUCCUGCUGAUCUCCUGAAAUCUUCCUGUAGUCCAUUUUCAGCUUCUGCCAUGGCUAAGUCAAUAUCUAUGCCUCUUACGGCUCCAGCGAGUGCAAGAAUUUGUGGAAUUCUUGUAUUCCUGCCAUCUCCAAGAGAAAGGUCUAAUGGGGUGCUUCCAUUUGCAUUCUUUAAAUUCACUUGUACAGCGUUGUUUCGAACCAGGUAUUCAAUAGUCUGCAUAUUUUCAUCAAUCAAUUGUUGAUGGAUGUAACUAAAUUAAGGGGAAGAGUGAGUCACAAAUUUUGUCCUAAUCUUACCUCAAUCUGGUUAUCGCAAACGGCGAGAUGUAGUAUGGUCAUCCCAUCAUCAUCCUUCCUGUUAAUAAAAUCAUCAUCUUGAACUCCCUCCAGCAAGAACUUCAGAGUAUUCAGCUGAUUAUACUUGAUGCAAAGAUGCAAAGAAUUUCCUCCGCCAUCAAUCUUUUCUCGAGCCGCAAGUGGCUUAGCACGAACUAACUCUUGCACAACAGGCGACUUCCCCUUGAUGAUUGCGAGAUGUAAAGGGAUUCUUCCAAAUCGAUCGCCAGCCAAACACAAAUCAGGACUGAUACUUAUAACUGCUCUUACGAAUUCCACAUUACCAAACAUUGCAGCAACAUGGAGAGGAUUUUUGUCCUGACAAUUCAGCGUGGUUUUGUCAAGAAUAAGUAAAUCUUCUCCAAGUAACUGAUCAAGAGUGGCAACAUCGUUUCUAACAGCAGCAUCAAAGAGAACUUUCUCCAUCUUUUUUCUGGUCUGCACUCCUUCGAUUCUCUCCCCUCAACUCAAUCGUUUGUCAAAAGCAAAUACCACUUGUAAAUG